AUGGGAGAAGAGCUAUCACUGAAAGCAGCACAACUUCGAAUUUCCAAAAAGGAUGUUUCUACACAACAGGAAAGUUAUGUAUCUCUGAUAUCGACUUUCAACCUACCGAGUUUUACUACUUUGAUGGCCUAUACACCAGACGGAAGUUGUUGGAUUCAAUAUGACGGCUGUAAUGACGUCAGGCUGACGGAUAUGACUGGAAAUCCUAUCGACAGUUUAACAUGCGAUGAAAAAAUUACCGGAAUGGAUUUCCAAAACGAGGGGGACCUAUUUAUCUGUGUUGGUAACCAAAUUAAACAUGCAAAGAUGCCAAACGGAGACCUAAAGACAUUUGUCUAUACGAAAUAUUUGAAACCACGUGAUCUCUGCGUAUCAUCUUUCGGGGAUGUUUACGUUACUUUCGAGGACAAGCCUGAUUAUAAUCUGAUGUCUGACAAUGAGCGAAUUGUGAUAAAAUAUUCUGCACAAGGACGAGAAAAGGCUCGUUCUCGAUACGACCAACAAGGCAACUAUCUUUUUGUAAGGCCGAGUAGAAUUAUGGUUGAUAGUUCGGGAGAAGCUGUGUAUGUGAUUAACUACACUGACCAAUGUAGAAGCCAUGUUGUUGUUUUAAAUUCCGUCGACCUCACUCUUCGUCUUCGGUAUCUAGGCAACGGAGAGGUUGUAUUUGCGGAGCAGACGCUUGCCUCCAAAACAAUGAUAAGAAAUGCAACAAAAGUCACGUCUUCUCAAAUAACGAUGACGUAUACACCAACAAUGAAAUACGCUGUCACUGAUAUAGGACUUGAUGCUUACGAUAACAUCUUGUUAUGUGAGUUUUACAGUCGGUCAGUCCAAUUAUUGACCAGUGAUUUUGUGCCGAUGUUGACCAUUCUACCUACACAAUUACAUGCACCACUGCUGAUUGCAGUGUCAACAUCUGUCCUCUGGGUUGGAUUUAAGGAUGGUUCCGUAGCUGUGUAUACUGUACACUGUGCUCUCGAACCGGAAACAGUGGUCACGCAUUUGUGA